GGUACGCAUGACGUAUUACCGCGACGACUUGCAAGCAGGAUCCUUCACGAGUGACUCAUACAGGCUAUGGUAUGCAGCGAGGCAACAGUACCUAACGGAAGUAUUUUGCAGCUCGUUGACUCUCAUUCUACGAGUUUCUCUACUGCUGAGCUCGUGGUAAAGGGUGUCUUCUACGUCAUCACCCAAGUUUUCCUUCUGGCACGUUUCAGAAUAUGUCUUAUAUACUACGGUAUUGUAAAAAUCGCCUAUUUGGAAAUCAGUCAUUGACAGCUUUACGAGAAGUGGAUAUCUUUACUAUCAAUCAUGGAGGACGAAGUUGCUGCUCUUGUUAUCGACAAUGGAUCUGGAAUGUGCAAAGCCGGUUUUGCUGGCGAUGACGCCCCUCGCGCUGUAAGUU